AGAUGCGCGUCUAUUGUGAGGCGCGUGGUAGUGAUGGCGGCGCUCUGUGAGACUUUCCUGUCACUGGAUACUACUACUCCCAGCCCUCCUCAAAGCCGCCUGAGCAACCCCCUGGUCUUUAGUUUACAAGUGGCAAUUUGACUUGCUCUGCUGCAUGUCUGGAGGGACCGCGGAAAGUGUGGAGACGCCCCGGGGAUUAAGCGAUCUCAGCGAAAAAAGAAAAAAAGCCAAACAAAUAAACAAAACCCACCCACCCUAACAAACAUGAGGCUGCUGGAGAGAAUGAGGAAAGAAUGGUUCAUGAUUGGAAUAGUGUUGGCGAUCGCCGGAGCUAAACUGGAGCCAUCCAUAGGGGUGAAUGGGGGACCAUUGAAACCAGAAAUAACUGUCUCCUACAUUGCUGUUGCAACAAUAUUCUUUAACAGCGGACUAUCGUUAAAAACAGAGGAGCUGACCAGUGCUUUGGUGCAUAUAAAACUGCACCUUUUCAUUCAGAUCUUUACACUUGCAUUCUUUCCAGCAACAAUAUGGCUUUUUCUCCAGCUUUUAUCAAUCACACCCAUCAAUGAAUGGCUUUUAAAAGGUUUGCAGACAGUAGGUUGCAUGCCUCCCCCUGUGUCUUCUGCAGUGAUUUUAACCAAGGCAGUUGGUGGAAAUGAGGCUGAAGAGAGGUCUUAGAUUGAGAGAUGGCCUGCUAAUGACAGUGGAGCAGCCAGAAUAGGAUGCUGGGUCCUUUUGACUGUGGGGCUGCUAUACGUGGAUUGCCUACCCCAGACCUCUUUUACCUGAAAAAGAAGAGCAUACCUGUCUUGUGUAAGCACUGUUAUUUGGAGUGGUUUUUUGUACGCAACUAAACUUGAUUACAAUUAAUGUAAUAUAUCUGAGUAUAAUUUUCAAAUAAUAGGAUAUGAUAAAGUAUGCUUAAUACUGGAACUACACUGAAUAUAAUUCAAAAUAAUAUAAUAUUUCGAAGCCACUUGAAGAGCAGUAGUUGUUCCUGGGUCCAUUAUAACUUAAUAGUGUGCAGUAUUAUAAAAAAUAUCUCAUUGGUUGUCUUGAAUUUUCUCUCUCUUGAUUCUUUUGGAAAUGCAGAUUAAUAUUGAGUAAUAGUUUUGUUAUUUAGCAGCAGUAUUUCCUAGUGCUAAAUACAAAAUUCUAGAUGUUUAGGAGAAUUGUUGGAAAUACUCUUUCUGGAAUCCUUUUAGCUAAUGUGUUCCGAGACUGACUUUGUGCUUUUUUGGUGGUGGUGUUUCUUGAGUGAUGAUGAUAAGAAUAUGUGUAUUAAAGUGUGACUGGUAAUUUUCUCAUGAAAUUUAUGCAUCUUUGGUCAAAGACAGAUAUGCAAAAUAAAAGAGCUCUGAUUUUUCAUUAUCUUUGACUUUUUAUAUUAUUUUGUAUCUGAUGUAAUUUUAUAAAAUCAUGGUGAAUAUACCUAACAUAAAAUUUACUAUUUUAACUAUUUUUAAGGAUAUAGUUUAUUGGCAUUAAAUACACUUAACUUACAUUGUUGUAUAAUCAUCCCCACCAUCCAUCUCCAGAACUUUGUCAUCUUCCCAAAAUAAAAAUACAUACUCAUUAAAUAAUAACUCUCCAUUCCUCUGACUUCCCAGCCAUGGCAACCAACUUUCUCAUUUUCUGUAUCCAUGAAUGUGACUACUCUAGAAACCUCAUCUAAGUGGAAUCAUAUAUUAUUUGUCUUUUUGUGACUUGCUUAUUCCUCACUAAUAUAAUAAAUCCUUUGCUUUGCUUGGGGAAUUAUUUAAUCACAAAUGAAUUAUUAUUGCUUAAGAUUGUCUUUUUUACAUUUAUCUUCUGAAAACUUUCAUCUGUAGUGGUAAUUCUAUGGAUGUUAACAGAGUGGAUGGUGUUAUGAUAAAAUAGGAUAUUGGAAUCGUUAAUUUAUGAAAUAUAGCCCAAGGUAAAAGUCACUGUAUAGUUUGGUGUUUUUAAUAUUAUAAAGGCAGUUGAAACUUAAAACAAGGACUUUAUAUUAACAGAUACUACAUAAGAGAUAAAUGUAUUAGGUAUUUUAGCUAAUCUGAUGAAUUUCUGGUCAUUCUGUAUAAGAACAUAGAGGUCAUAUUGUAGUGUACCAUUUGAUAUCAUGCAUUAUCUGAAUAUAUUAGAAAUAGAUAAAAUGUGAUUUUAGGAUAAAAUAUUAAAGUUCACAGAUGAAGCACUUUUCUCACUU